AUGGCAGAUUAAAUAAUGCAUUAAGAAGCCUCUUAGUCUUCUUUAAUUACCACUGACACUCAAACUUAAGCCCAACUAAUUUCUGCAGAGAGACUUCAAUUCAUCUAGGAUGGCUUGAAAUCAUCCAAUUCUUAGAUCAAGAUAGAUUCAAUGAAGCAAAUGCACGAUAUGCUACUUGCAAUAUUGAACGAAAAAUCAGCCUAGCAAGAGAGUCACAGCGCACUUUUACUAUCUAUCGUGUAAUUAUCUUUGGACAAACUGAAGGAUGUUUACUGUGCAUUAAACAGUGUUCAAAUAAUAAGUGACUUAAUAAAUCUAGGAGCAUCAAGCAAUCAGAUGCUAUUUACAAAAGAGCUAGUGAAUCAGAUUCUCAAAUCAUGUUCUUCUCCCAAUUUUCACGUGCCUGCCUAUAAUUACAAAACUAGAAAUGCAGUAUUUAGAAUUUAUCAGACCUACAUACUCAACAAGUAGAUACUCUUAGAUCAGGUCGAACCUACUUUAUAUAUAAGUGCAGUCUUGUCUGGGAUCGAAGAGGAAAAAGAUCCGAGGAAUCUGAUCAUUACAUACGACCUUAUUUAUUUUAUCCUGAGGAAUAAUGCUUCAAAUCCAGAAAGAUAGGAUUAGAUAAAGUUAAUAGAGCCAUUUUUAGAUGACUUAUUCGACAAAAUCUCUUGCUAUUUCCCAAUCAACUUUGAGCCUCCUAAAGAUGAUAAAUUCAAAAUCAGCCCUGAACUUCUCAAAGAAAAACUGAAUAGAUGCUUUACAGCUUCACCUCUGUUAGCAAAACAAGCAUUCCCCUUUAUUUUGGACAAGUUAAGUGCAGUUUAAGUUGAGACAAAGCUAGAAUGCUACCAGCUAUUACAAAAAAUGGUUGAGGUCACUCAACCAUUCAAAUACGUUGAAAAGCAUUUGCCAGUUGCUCUGCAUCAAACUAUCAAUGAGUACUUCAAUAACUACGAGGAUACUUUAUAAAAGAUUUCUGCGGAUACUAUUGGAAUUAUCAUCAAGAGAAUUAAUGAGCAAGCUGAUAAAGGUAUUUCUCUUAGUUAUGUUCAAAAGGAACUAGAAGAAGUGAUUGAGAAAUGUUAAAAUGAAAUAAGUGAAAGCCCUGAGUCAAUUUCAGCAUUUCUUGCUUAAGAACUUCUUAGUAGAUUCCUUGAUCAGUAAAUAAUUUAACCUUUGACAUCUGGGGAAAUCAAUCAUAACCAUAAGCAACUUGCGUUUAUUCAAAUUAUAAUAAACAUCCUAACUAAAAUUGCUGAUAACAAACUUAGAAAGCCGUGUGAAGAAUACUUAUAGUCUGUAAGCAACAAAAUUUAGUUGAUUCUGGAUUAAUCAUUGACAAAGAUUUUGGACUAGCCAGUAUUAUUCGAAAAAGGAAUGAAAUUACUAUCAAUUCUAUCGAAAUUCUCAAACUUCCAUGAAAUAUUGAAGAUCAGCGAUUCCCAAGCUAUGAUAAUUGAUGGUUAGCCAGUAAUAAAUAAGUUCGACUAGUAUAUGCUUUCCUUGAGAGAUCUACUAUUCGAUUAAAGAGAAGUUGUAAAUCAAUAGACUGAGUAAAUAAUAAUAGAAUAGCUUUAGAAACUUUCUGAGACGUAACAAAAUAAUGUGAACAGUGUAUUUUUAUCAAAGCUUAAGGAGUUUUUUGUUAGCUAAGGUAUGGCUGCAUUCAAUGAGACCUAUGUUAAUAGUUUGAUUAAGCAAGUUCUUAGAGGAUUUGAAGCAAUAGAAUUCACUUUCUAAAUAGUAAACAUACUGAUUGACAGCAAGAAAAUCCUGUCAAUCAAGGAUACUGUUAUUGAGAGUCUUACUCAAUCAAUCAUAAAUUUUAAGCCAAGUAAUGAUUCAGAAAAGAUAAGCUUUGAGAUUCUCGCAGAGGUUAGUAUAAAGAAAAUUUUGAGCUAAAUCUUUGAAACUUAAUCAUUCAAGGAACUUCCAAGUCAAGUCAUUAUAUUCCUAAAGACACUUAUGUAAUAAAUUAAUGAAUCUAAAUCCUCAGAAAUCUUCAAUUAAAUCAUCUAGUAGUAAGUCUCAGAGUACUCAUUAAACAUACUAUAUUUGAUUACCAAAAAGAAAUCGAUAAAUUUAUCCAAUAUUGAAGCUAAUACUUUGAGACAAUUUUUCCAGAAUGGAUAUAGUCAACCAAAUUAAACUCUAUUUAGUAAAAUAGUAUUCCUAAUUCUUCUAAGGUCAGGAGCAAAGAUAGACCCGAAUCUUAAGAUAAUUGUUGAUGAGGCUUUAAGCAGUGAAUUUACAUCUUUUGAUCUUAAGAUUUAGAUUUGCGCAGCUUUUAUUGUAAGAGGUGAUCAACAAGGCUACAAUUUGAUAAAGUCCCUUGUAACUGAUCCAAAGAACUCUUAAAACUUAAUUGAUCUGUAUCAAUAUUCUAUUGUUAAGAACUAUUCGCAUUUGACAAAAGAGAAUGGAUUUCAUGUUUUCAAGCUUUACCCCUAGAGACUAUUUAAUACUUUAUAUCCUAUCUUAAUGAAACUUUCUUAAUAGCAGGAAACAAGAUAAUGUGGUAUCUAGCUUAUGAUGCAAACCUGUUCAAUUGUUAAUCUCUCAUAGCUAUAGGACAAACUUCCUGAGCUUAUCCCGAUUGCAGAAGAAGCGCUCUUGCUUGAAUCUAAUUCAGAUAUAAAGAUCACAGCACUGUAACUUUUCAAGAAGAUUAUAAUAGAUAAUUAAGAGCAAGGAAUGAAGUAUGUGGACUCAUUUAUUCCUUUUAUUAUUGAAUCACUAAAUCAUGACUAAUCACUACAACUAAAAAUUGAAAGUCUUCAUACACUUACAGAGCUUUCUCAGUUCCCUAAGAAUAUUAUUGCGAAAUUCAAAGAAUCAGUUUCUAAGUAAUCAUCGAAGUUAUUGGAUGAUAAAAAGAGGAUUGUGAGAAAGUUUGCAAGAAACUGUAUCAAUGAGUGGCAAUCUAUUGGUCUUAUUUGA